AUGAGUUAUGUAAUUUCUCUUUUUACUUUUGUAGUGUUAUUGUUAUUUUGUUUUGGUGGGUAUUUUACUUAUUCUUUUUGUAUUUGUGGAAUAUUAGAGUUUACUUUGUUAUAUGCAUUGUUAGCUUGGUUAACUACGUUUUUGUUAAUGAUUUCGGGGAUGAAGGUUUCUGUUUAUUUUAGUAAGUUAGGAGAUAAAUUUUUAAAAACUUUUAGAAUGUUAUUAGUAGAGGUAGUAAGAGAGUUAUCUCGUCCAAUAGCAUUAACUAUUCGUUUAACGGUUAAUGUAAUAGUAGGGCAUUUAAUUGUGAGAUUUUUAUAUGAUACUAUAAACUAUAAAACUAUAAAAAAAACUUAUAGCUGA